CGAAGUGUCAGGAGAUUUCACACCCGAUUCCGCUACUCUCUCGGCGUCUUCUAUUCUAAUUACGACACCUGAAAAGUGGGAUGGAAUUACUCGAAGUUGGACAACAAGAGAAUAUGUUAGACAGGUUGGACUUGUAGUAAUCGACGAAAUCCAUCUUUUGGGAGUCGAUCGAGGCUCAGUUUUGGAAGCAAUUGUUACCAGAUUGAAAACUGUUACGCGGCGUUCUAAUCAAAGAGAUUCUCCGGCUCGGCUAAUAGGGCUGUCCACAGCCUUAGCCAAUGCUGGUGAUAUUGCCGAUUGGUUAGGAAUCAAAGACCAACGUUUAUUGUUUUCUGUCCAUCUGUGCGACCUGUACCUAUCAAUGAUCACAUUCGAGGUAUCGCUGACAACAUAA